AUGUCGUACAACUACGUUGCUACGGCUCAGAAGCCCACGAGCGUCACACACUCGCUCACAGCAGCCUUCACGGGCGCAAACGACACCAACUUGCUACUGGCGAAAAGCACCCGCUUUGAAGUGCACCUUUUGACGCCCGAGGGGCUCCAGCCGCAGCAUGACAUCAACUUGUACGGCCGUAUCGCCAUCUUCGAGGUGUUCCGCGCCGCCAACGAGCCCCAGGACUGGAUUUUUAUCGUCACACAGCGCUUCCAGUUCUGUGUGCUGGCGUACGACUCAUCUGCGCAGCAGGUGGUGACCAAAGCGCACGGCAGCAUCCGAGACUCGAUCGGUCGCAGUAGCGAGAUCGUCACUAGUGGCAACAUCGAUCCAGAGGGCCGAUUGAUCGGCAUGAACCUGUACGAAGGCUACUUCAAGGUCAUCCCCAUCGACAGUGGCAAGGGGAUCCUCAGAGACACGUUCAACAUCCGCCUGGACGAGCUGAGAGUCAUUGACAUCAAGUUCCUGCAUGGCUACAACAAACCCACCAUCUGUGUCUUGUACGAGGACUACAAGGCCGCCAGACACGUGAAGACGUACCAUAUUCUGCUCAAGGAGAAGGAUUUCGCCGAAGGACCGUGGAGUCAGUCCAACGUUGAGUCUGGGGCGAGUUUGUUGAUCCCUGUGCCGGCACCGACGGGCGGCGUGUUGAUUGUGUCCAACCAGACCAUCGUGUACCAUAACGGGAGCACAUUUCACGCUAUUCCGAUGCAGAGUACAGUGAUUCAAGUGUAUGGAGCUGUGGAUAAGGACGGGUCGAGGUUCUUACUGGCUGACCAGUACGGAACGCUGUCCGUAGUGGCUCUGCAACACACCGGGAAGGAAGUGAGCGGGGUGCACCUAGAGGUGCUUGGCGAGACGAAUAUCGCGUCCUGUCUGUCGUACUUGGACAAUGGCGUGGUGUUUAUUGGCAGCACAUUUGGUGACUCGCAGCUGAUUAAACUCAACGCAGACCGCGACGAGACCGGGUCGUACAUUGAAGUUCUGGACUCGUACGUGAACGUCGGGCCGAUAAUUGAUUUUUGCGUGAUGGAUCUCGAUCGCCAGGGCCAAGGCCAAAUUGUGACGUGCAGUGGCGCUGACAAGGACGGAACGCUGCGUGUGAUCCGAAACGGCAUUGGGAUCAACGAGCAAGCGAGCGCUGAGCUACCGGGUAUCAAGGGCAUGUGGGCGCUUCGUGAGACUUUUGCUGCAGAGCACGACAAGUUUUUACUACAGAGCUAUGUGAGCGAGGUUCGCAUUCUUGCUAUCGGCGACGAGGACGAGAUGGAGGAGAAGGAAAUCCCAGCGUUCACGAACGUUAAGACUCUACUGUGUCGGAACAUGUAUGGAGACUACUGGCUGCAAGUGACUGAGUCGGAGGUGCGUCUUAUCAGCUGCUCUUCCUUCUCGCUAAGCUCCACCUGGUCGCCAGCGUCCGGGUCACGAAUCACAGUAGCUGCUGCGAAUCCCACGCAGGUUGCAGUCGCGACAUCUGGCGGUGUACUCGUGUACUUGGAAAUUGAGAACGGUCAGGUUGUCGAGAAGACGACAGUGAAGAUGGAGCACGAACUCGCAUGCGUGGAUAUCACUCCGCUCACUAGCAGUGGCGCGGGAGAUGGAGACGUGGCCAUGACGGGCUCUUCGACGCACUGGGACAUGGCUGCACUUCGCAGUACGCUCUGUGUCGUCGGACUGUGGACCAGCUUCUCAGUGUGCGUCUUGCAACUACCAACUCUGGAGAAACGAACUACCGAAGCGCUCGGGACGGACCUACUGCCGCGAUCAGUGCUGUGCAACACAUUCGAGGGGAAAGAUUACUUGCUGGUUGGACUGGGCGAUGGCAGUCUUAUGAACUAUGAGCUGGACGUCCAGCAGGGAGCUCUGGGAACUCGGAAGCGGGUGUCACUGGGCUCGCAGCCUCUUUCGUUGUCAACUUUUCGAUCCAAAAACAUGACUCACGUGUUCGCAGCAUGUGACCGGCCGACAGUCAUCUACUCCAACAACAACAAGCUGCUCUACUCCAACAUCAACUCCAAGGAAGUGAACGUCAUGUGUCCGUUCGACUCCGAGUCCUUCCCGGAGUGUCUUGCGCUGUCCUCGGAAGAAGAACUGACGAUUGGUACAGUGGACGACAUUCAGAAGCUGCACAUCCAGACUUUCCACUUGAACGAGUGGGCGCGUCGAAUUGCUCACGAUCCGGAGUCCCACACACUUGGAGUGCUGACUGUGAGCUUUACAGUGGACGACACAGGCGAGGAAGUGGACCAGGGCUUUGUGCGUUUGUUCGACGACCAGACAUUCGAAGUGCUGCACUCGUACCGCCUGGAUCCGUUCGAGACUCCCUGCUCGGUAGUCGUGUGUCCUCUUGCCGGCGAUUCCGUGAACGCGUCGUACUUUGUAGUUGGAACUGCGUACAUUCAUGAGGAAGAGGCUGAGCCCCACCAAGGUCGGAUUCUUGUGUUCGCUGUCACGGGCAUCCAUGGAGAGCGGAAGCUGCAGUUGGUCACUGAGAAGGAAGUGAAGGGCGCUGUGUACUGCCUAAAUUCUUUCAAUGGGAAGGUACUAGCAGGUGUGAACAGCAAGGCGCAGCUGUACAAGUGGAGCGAGAACACGGACAACGAGAAGGAGCUGGUGUCGGAAUGCGGCCACUACGGUCACACGUUGGUGUUGUACAUGGAGUCACGAGGCGACUUUAUUGUGGUGGGUGAUCUCAUGAAGUCCAUCUCGCUCUUAAGCUACAAGCAGUUGGACGGUACGAUCGAAGAGAUCGCGAAGGAUCUGAACUCGAAUUGGAUGUCUGCCGUCGGUAUCGUCGACGACGACACGUACAUCGGGAGCGAGACGGAUUUCAAUUUAUUUACUGUGCAACGCAACAGUGGUGCAGCAUCCGAUGAAGAACGCGGGCGUCUAGAGACCGUUGGCGAGUUCCACUUGGGAGAAUUCGUUAACCGCUUCCGAUAUGGAUCACUGGUCAUGCAGAACAGUUCUUCUACUUCGCAGACGCCUUCUGGUGUCGUCUCGACUGGCCCCACUGCCAUGGUUGAUGUGGGUGAGUCAGCUCCUGCUGCUCCAGUCGUUCAAAACCAGUCGAUGCUCUUUGGAACUGUCAGUGGAAUGAUUGGCGUGAUUCUGCCGAUCAGCAAAGACCAAUACUCGUUCUUGCUCCGCGUCCAGCAAGCCCUCACACACGUUGUGAAAGGUGUCGGUGGCUUCUCCCACAAGGACUGGCGCACGUUUGAAAACCGACGGUCAGUGUCUGAAGCUCGAAACUUUAUCGAUGGCGAUUUGGUGGAGAGCUUCCUGGACUUGCCGAAGCCUCAGAUGACGAAGGUUGUGGACAAGCUCAACAGUGACGGGAUGCUGGAUGGCACGGACCAGUUUACGGUGGAGGACUUGACUCUGCGGAUUGAAGAACUCGUACAACUACACUAA